AUGACCGCUGGCGGAGCCGUGGCCGAGCGGCCGGUAGGUGGGCCUUUGUCGCGCUGCGAGUCUGCGGGCGGACGCCGCGUGGGCCGCGGCCGUGGAGGGGGCCCCGCCAGGUUGCCUACCCGGCCGCGCCGCGAACGCAGCCGCAGAGAGCGAGCUCCACCCCGCGCGUGUGCCGAGAGCGAGACUGAGUGGUGUGUUGUGGCCGGCGUGUUGCAGAGCAAGUGCGUGGUGCGCGGCGGAGGGGCCGAGGCGGCGCCGCGCCGCUGGAACAGCGAGGACCACCAGCACCAGCAGCGCCUCAGCCCGUCGUCAGAGGCGUCGGCGGCGUCGGCGUCCCGCCAGCGGUCGCCCAGCCAGCAGCAGCUGCGCGACGCCGCCAUGGCCACCACCAGGGGCCCGAACGUGUCGAUCCUGCACCUGCGCAACGCGGCGGACCCGUGGGACUGCCCGUCGCCGCAGCAGCAGCAGCAGAAGCAGGGCCCGCCCCCGCAGGACUCGGCGCCGCCCCCGCCGCCCGCGUCGUUCGCGCGCACGACGCCGCGGUCCUCCGGGUCCGCUUCGGCGACCGCCAACUCAGGGGGCGGCGGCGGCGGCGUGUCUGCGCAGCUCAAGCCCACCUACUCGACGCUGCCGCGGCGCGAGUCCUCGCUGCUGUCCGGCGUGACCGCCGUCUCCACCACCGUGACCGUCGCCAACAGCUCCGGCAGCUGCAGCAGGGAGCUGUCGCCGGUGCGCUGGUGCGACCGCGAGGUCGACGGCGUCUACCUGGGCCGCUCCGGCUGGGUCCAGGUGCAGCAGCGCUCGCUGGACGAGAGCCGGCGCGCGGGCUACGGCGCGGGCCUGCCCCCGGUGCCCGCGGCGGCCACCACGGUGGCGGCGGUGCCGGCCGUCGCGACGCUGCCCCGGCGCCCCACGGUGCGCCUCGCCGACUACCACUGCAACAGCGAGCCGGGCAAGUGCCCCGUGCGGCCCGCCUACCUGCCGCUCGCCGCCGGCUUCCAGCCCCCUGCGCCGCCCUCGCCGCCCUCGCCGCCCCCGCACCGCCAGGACGGCGUCGGACCCUCGCUGCCCAUGUCGCCCCCCUCCAUCACGCCCAUCAUCUCGCCUCCGCCUGCCUUCCAGGACACGACGCAGCGGUACCAGACGGCGCCUCGGCUGCGCAGCGGGGGCGGCGGCAGCAGCAAGACGCCGUUCCUGCCGCGCAGCAACGCGCUCGUCGUGGAGAACGAGAUGGCGAGCCCGCCGCCGUCGCCGCCGCCCCCGCAGCUGCCACUGCCGCUGCCCUCCGGCUGGAGCACGCUGCCCGCGGGGGUGGGCCUGCGCGCGCGCCGCCUCACGCCUUCGCCCGUGGGGACGCCGGCGGGGGCGGGGGCGGCGGCGGCGCGCCUGCCGCAGACCAAGUCGCUGGAGGACACGAGCGCGUCGGCGGCGGCGGGCGGCCUGCAGCGGCGCUCGCAGUUCCACCAGAAGCGCGACUCCUCGUCCACCAGCUCGUCCUCGUCCUUCGGCUUUCGCAGCCUCGACUCGUGCGCCGGCGCGCUGGGAGGCGCGCGCGCCAUGCCGCGCCUCUCCGAGACCGACUCCUCCGUCGGCGGCUACGAGGACGGCGACGAGCUCGACGACCGGCGCGACUCUUCGCUCAACCUCAGCAGCUUCUCCUCCUCCGUCACCGUCGUCAACUCGUCGCCCGAGACGCCGGCUCAAGGAGCGCGGCAGCAUAGGCGGUGGCAGUGGGGGCUCCACCGGGGGCGGCUCCGCGCUGGCCAACGGACCGCCCACGCCGCCGCCGCCGCUGUCGGAGACCAGGGUCUCUCCCAGGGGCAGGUCCCACAACCACCGCUCGCACCCGCUGCGCAGGUCCCCCGGUUCGGACGGCAGCAAGAAGCAGCUGGCGUCCAACGACUCCUCGUCGUCCUCCUCGUCGAGCAGCAGCAGCAGCAGCAGCAGCUGCGGAGGCGGCGGGGGCGGCGGCGGAGGAGGGCGCCGGGCACGGUGUCGGCGCACGUGUACCACACGUGGGACGGCCGCAACCGCGUACGCCGUUCCCGGUCCCUCCAGCUGCCCGAGACCAAGUCGCCGUCGCCGGGGCACGCGGGCCCGCAGCCGCCGCCGCCGGGAUCUCAACCCGGCACCGUCAACACCACGCCCCCUGCCCCGACGCCGGAGUACCAGUACUUCCUGGUGAAGAACUACCGCGACAAGCCGUCGACAACGCAGUACUACCACCAGGCCACGAGCGACCAGCACCGCGUGCUCGUCAAGCUGCCGCAGGAGUCCUCCAGGAGGCAGUACAUGCAGCACACACGUAAGGCACAGUCUGAGGACUGCCGCUACGACGACUGGGAGGCGGUGGCGGAGGAGGCCCGCGCGGUCACGGAGUACCUGUACGGGACGCGCAGCCGCGCCGCGGCCAGGGCCCUGCUGGCUCAGCGCUACCACUCGUCCGACCAGUCGGAGGAGCCGGCGCGCCGCAAGGACAACGGCCGCCCCUUCAACGUGUUCGUGGUGCGCAAGUCGAACCCGCACAACCACCACGACGGCUCGCACCUGCACCACCACCAGCAGGUGCCGGCCCCGCCCCCGCAGUACGUGCAGCGGCCGCGGCGCAGCCUGCAGCGCGGCGUCACCACGCCCACCUCGGCGGCCGACGCCAACCCGUGCAACCCGGACACGUGCGACUUCUGGCCGCACUGCGCGCACCGCGACUCGCUCUACCCGCCCACCAAGUCGUCGACGCCAUCGCCCUCCUCGUCGGCGGCCAAGCUGCCCCCGUCCGCGGGCGGCAACGGAGGGCUGUCCAUGCGCGCCUCGCAGAGCUACCCGUCCUCUUCCGCGUCCUCGGCCGCGUCCAGGAGUCGCAACGGCGCAGGACGACGGGCGCACCACGACGCUCCCGACGAGAAGGCGGCGUCGGCCGGGUCGGCGCCUUCCGCGUCGCGGCGCUCCAACGGGUCGGGCGCGCGCUCGUCGCCGCCGUCGCUGGACCGGCUGGAGGAGUACGACGCUCUGACGCGCAAGAUCCAGAGCGUGCUGGACGGCGCCGCGGCGGCUACGGCCGCGCUGGCCGCCGACGCCGGCGACGACCUCAAGCGGUUCGGCAAGUGGCGCGCCAGCAACGGGCUCGACAAGCAGCAGCUCCGCCGCUCGGCGCUGCUCGGCGAACGGCCCAAGACCGUGGACGCGGUCGGGCCGCCGACUCCGCCGCAGCAUUCGCCUCAACAACAGCAGAAGGCGCUGAAGGCGCUGCGCGGCAACGGCGGGCUCUCCCUGGACCUGGACGCGCUGCCGCUGGAGCACCACCAGCGCGGCAGCACCAAGACCUCGCCCGUGUCGGUGCCCGGCGCCAGCCGGUCGCCGUCCAACAAGGGCGGCGGCGAAUCCUCCUCGUCCUCCGCGUCGUCCUCCUCGAGCGACGUGUGGGUGACGACGUCGGAUCGCACCGUCACCAAGUCCCCGCGCACGCACAAGAGCUCGGGCGCGUCCACGCCGCUGGGCAGCGCCGGCAGCGGCUCGGCCGGCUCGCGCGGCCGCUUCCUCGGGUCGGGCUCCGCCGGCAGUGGGAGCGCCGAGCGCGAAGCCCCCGUGUCGCGGCCGGGCAGCGCGCCCACGCAGGACGACGACGGCGGCCCGCAGAGGGCGCUGGACGCCCAGCAGCGGUCGCUGUCGCUGCCCAAGUCCUUCCUCUCCGAGCGCUACGGGCUCAAGCCGGCCAAGCACAGGUAAGCCUGCUUCGUCUCCACCGCUCUGUUCUUCCGCCGUCAUUGUCCAGUUUCGCAGCUCUACCAGCACCUGCUUCUUCUAUC